AUGAUUGGCUCUUUUCAAACUAGUUUUAUACUGAUGUUAGCAGUGUUGUUUACUGUUAUCAAUACGAAUGAAAUUCAAUGUCCUGUUAAUGAAGAAUAUAAUGAAUGUGGUACUGCAUGUCAAGAAAACUGUACGCAUGUACCAGAAAUCUGCACAUAUCAAUGUGUUCAAGGAUGUUUUUGUAAAAAGGGUUUUGUACGUCAAACUGAUGAUAAAAGCAAAUGUGUCCCACAAUCUCAAUGUUCCUGUCCUAUUAAUGAAUUUUUCAAUCCAUGUGGAUCAGCAUGUCCUGAUACAUGUACAGCUAGAUCUCAAUCAUGUACUAAACAAUGCAUACCAGGUUGUUUUUGUAAAGAUGGAUAUGUACGUUUAAAUAAUCAAUCUGGUAGUUUAUGUAUUCAGGAAUUAGAAUGUAAAAAUCAAACAUGUCGAGAUCCGAAUGCAGAAUAUACUGAAUGUGGUUCAUCAUGUCCACGAACAUGUCAUGAUGAACGUAAUCCAGUUCGAAAAUUUCGAAUAUGUCCAGCAAUCUGUCAAGCAGGAUGCUUCUGUAAGAAAGGUUUCGUUCUUGGAAAUAAUGGUACAUGUGUCAAACCUGAAACUUGUUGUCUUGCAAUCAAUGGUUUAUAUAAAACAUGUGGUUCAACCUGCUCACAAACCUGUAAAAAUAAGAAUAAUUUAUUCUGUCAUCUUCCAUGUGCUUCUGGUUGCUUCUGUGCUACAGAUAGCGUACGCAAAACUAAUGAAAUAAAUAGUCCUUGUAUUCUUAAAACAAAAUGUUAA